AACCCACGGUGCACGGCAUUUGUCCUGUCUCGAAUCCUUUACUCAUUAUUUCGACGGAUGUUUAAAGCUCCAUUUUACUACCAGAGCCGCAAUGGCUGGUAGAGACGAUCGGAUCGGUCGCCGACCAGCCGGUAGCUCCCCAUCAGAAUUAUUCCCCGACCGUGUCUCACUCCGCCGAGAUGAAUCGUCUCAUUCCAAAGAUGCAGACCACGAUCGAGGGAGGGGCGGUGGGAAGGGGGGAGGAUUGCCUUACGGUAAACAUAGCAAACCACCUUUGGAGAGAUCUUCUUCCAGGAGGUCAACGAAUGCUAGUGAUCGCGGUUCAAUAUUGACCGCUACAGCCGGGCAGCGCGCCACGAAAGUUGAAGGCCUGCCACUUGUAGUAGACCUGCUCGGCGAUGCAGCCUGUCUACGCAUGCAACACAACCAAGCUGAUAACAAGCUUAAGAGAACAUUAGCUGACUGGAAACGGUCGGCUGCUAAAACUCCUGAAUAUUCUUCUGUUGACGAGAUGCAACGUCAGGCUGUCCAAAAAUGCGAGAACGAAAAGAACAAUCUUAAGCAAAAACUCAGAGAGCUGCACCCAACGCUGUGUGAUACUCUCGAUUCGUUAUUCAAGCAAUACGUGCAAGAUCAGGCUUCCAUAGGACCCAACACCCAACAAGGAGCAGAUUCUUUGCCGACGAAGGUCCAGGGCUCCCCAGCAGAGCUUCAGCCACAAUCACUGGAACCGCACCAGUCAACCAAGGCAUGGAUGGAAAAUUGUUUACAGAUUGAGCUGAAUAAAUUCAAAAACUCCUUACCAAGCGCUCAGGGACCCGAUAAUAGCGAGAUCCGGAAACUGGUGGACAGCCUUCAGAACGAGAAGAAGAAAACUCAACUUCUGGAAAAUAAAGUCGAAGAAGGUCGACAGCAACACCAAUUGCUGGAAGAGAAGCUCAGCCGGCUCGAGCAGAAGCUCGAUGGCGUCAGCACCACGAUGGAAGAAAGGAUAGCCGCCAAAAAGAGGACGCGCUAUAGACUUUAUCAAAAGUCAGUUUGAUCCCAAAAGGAUGCAGAAGCUCCAGCAAGACACAGAAAACCUUGCAGACAGACUCACGAACGGCAUAAAAUCUGUCAAGUCGCUCCAUGAGCA